GCUAGGGGGCGGGCGGCCGCGGGGCGCUAGCGCCGCUGUCAUGGACGCCUGGGUCCGCUACAGCGCCCAGAGCCAGGCUCGCGAGCGGCUGUGUAGGGCCGCCCAGUAUGCUUGCUCCCUUCUUGGCCAUGCUUUGCAGAAACACGGGGCCAGUCCUGAGUUACAGAGACAGAUUCAACAGCUGGAGGGUCACUUGAGCCUUGGAAGAAAGUUGCUCCGCCUGGGUAACUCGGCAGAUGCCCUUGAGUCAGCCAAGAGAGCUGUGCACCUGUCAGAUGUUGUCCUGCGAUUCUGCAUCACGGUCAGUCACCUCAACCGAGCCUUGUACUUCGCCUGUGACAAUGUCCUCUGGGCUGGCAAGUCUGGACUGGCUCCUCGUGUGGAUCAGGAGAAGUGGACACAGCGUUCAUUCCGGUACUACCUGUUUUCCCUCAUCAUGAAUCUGAGCCGUGAUGCUUAUGAGAUUCGCUUACUGAUGGAACAAGAGACGUCAUCUUACAGCAGGCGACUGAAGGGCUCCGGAGUGGGAGUCCCAGGAGGCAUUGACACCAGGGGACCUGGGGCGGCAGGGGUGCCAGGCGGACGUCUGCCACAACUGGCUCUGAAGUUUCGGCUUCGAGUCCUGCUGCUGGUUCGGGUCCUUCGAGGCCAUCCCCCUCUUCUGCUGGAUGUGGUCAGAAAUGCCUGCGAUCUCUUCAUUCCACUGGACAAACUCGGCCUCUGGCGCUGUGGGCCCGGGAUUGUGGGGCUUUGUGGCCUCCUGUCCUCCGUCCUCUCUAUUCUCACCCUCAUCUGCCCCUGGCUACGACUCAAGCCCUGACACGUGGCACAGGAUGAGAUGAGACCCGAGGUGAUGAGAUGGGAUCUUGGGCCAUCUUCCACGUGCCAGCCCCAUUCUACUUCUUGAUUAACCAACACUCCAGAGAUGCCAGGGUAAGGGGCAGAUCUUGAAGAGGAGGUCAGGCACGAUCACUGUCACCAUAUGCCUCCAAUGCGCCUGACCUGCCGUUCUUUCCCUCUGUCACUGCUGAGUCUCUCUUCACUCUGUGUCUUGAUUGUCGUUAACAGUCCGAUUCUGCGUCUUCCCUUUCUUCCUUCUUAGUCCCCUGUCCAGGAAUUUAAGAUGAAUUACGGUCUGGUAGGAGAAGGGCCAGCUCGGAGCUGUGAACUUGAAAUUGUCUUUCUUUUGUCUCACCAAGAUGCUUGAGCUGCAUUUUUUUUCUCCUUCAAAGUCUGUGUUAUAAUUUUCCAGACUUGACGUCCUAUCCCAGUACACUCUGCCUCCCGUCUCCGCCUCAGGGCUGCUUGCUGUUCCCUUUUCUCCCGUCACAGCUACCUCGCCACUUCCCUCCUGACUGAGCCGGCACCCUUCUCUGUGCUCCACGCGCUCCUGUUUCUCCCUGCACUUUGCUUUCAGGGCUCUGUUGGUUCCCCAGCUCUUCCCCUUCUCUGCCUCUCCGCACUGAUGCUGUGGCUGGCAUCUUGCUGUAAAUACCAUACAACGGUUCUUUGCGCGUAGCUGUGGCCCAUGCCCACCGCGCAAAGCAAGACUUCCAAGUCAGCAAAGUAAAGAUUGGUUCACUCAC